UUGUUUUGUUUUGGUUUGUGGGGUGGGUUUGAUUUGGUCGGAUUUUGAUUAUGGGUGGGUGUUUCCCUUGCUUUGGAUCGUCAAAUAAUGAUGGGAGUGGUGUGAAGGAAGUGAACAAGAAGGAUUCAGUUAAAGAAGGCUCAACUGCUCAGUCUCACCAUGUCACCAGAGUUAGCUCAGAGAAAUCAAAAUCGCGAAGUGGUUCUGAUCCUAAGAAGGAAUCAACUAUUCCGAAAGAUGGUCCGACAGCACAUAUUGCUGCACAAACAUUUACAUUUCGGGAGCUAGCUGCUGCCACAAAGAAUUUCAGACCGGAAUGUUUAUUGGGCGAAGGGGGAUUUGGGCGCGUGUACAAAGGUCGCUUGGAGAGCACGGGCCAGGUAGUUGCUGUGAAACAACUCGACCGGAACGGCCUGCAAGGAAAUCGUGAAUUUUUGGUGGAGGUUCUUAUGCUUAGCCUCUUACACCACCCAAAUCUUGUCAACCUGAUUGGAUAUUGCGCUGAUGGAGACCAGCGCCUUCUUGUUUAUGAGUUUAUGCCUCUGGGAUCCUUGGAGGAUCAUUUACAUGAUCUUCCACCAGACAAGGAGCCUUUGGACUGGAAUACUAGAAUGAAGAUUGCAGCAGGUGCCGCUAAGGGAUUGGAGUAUUUGCACGACAAAGCAAACCCUCCUGUUAUAUACAGAGACUUGAAAUCAUCCAAUAUCCUCCUUGAUGAGGGCUAUCACCCUAAAUUGUCUGAUUUCGGGCUUGCAAAACUGGGUCCUGUUGGUGAUAAAACUCACGUCUCCACGCGUGUGAUGGGGACAUAUGGAUAUUGCGCGCCUGAGUAUGCCAUGACUGGCCAACUCACCCUAAAGUCCGAUGUGUAUAGUUUUGGAGUUGUUUUCCUCGAACUUAUUACAGGUCGCAAGGCAAUUGAUAAUACUCGAGCUCCUGGAGAGCAUAACCUCGUUGCAUGGGCGCGACCACUUUUCAAGGAUCGCCGGAAGUUCCCAAAAAUGGCUGACCCACUACUUCAAGGCCGUUACCCAAUGCGAGGACUUUACCAAGCUCUUGCAGUUGCAGCCAUGUGUUUGCAGGAACAAGCUGCUACAAGACCUCUAAUUGGAGAUGUGGUGACUGCUCUCACAUACUUAGCCUCCCAGACCUACGACCCUAAUGCAGCACCUCCUUAUAGUAAUAGAGUCGGUCCAUCUACUCCCAGGAGUAGGGAUGACCGUAGAAGCAUGGCUGAAGGGCUGGAUAGCCCAGAUGGCAGGCGUAAUGGCUCUCCUUCCACCCAUAGAAACUCGCCUGAUUUUAGAAAGAGAGACCUCGUUAGGGAAUUGAACACUGGCGGAGAAUUGGGCAGGAUUGAAACUGGUGGUGGGUCUGGAAGAAAAUGGGGUUUGGAUGAUUUAGAUCGACCGGAUUCUCAGAGAGACAGUCCUGCAAGUGCUGGCAGAGCAAGAGAAACUCCAAGGACCCGUGAUUUAGAUAGAGAGCGUGAAGUGGCAGAAGCAAAAGUAUGGGGUGAGAACUGGAAAAAGCGGGCAACUGCAAUGGGUAGCUUUGAUGGUACAAACGAGUAGAAUGCACAAAAAUGUCAACUUGCCAAGUAAUUUGCUAUCAUCUUCUUGGACAAAAGUGUCGUGCGUUUGGUGGAUCAAUGUCGUAAACGAAAACAGAAUUUGCAUGCAUAUACAGUCUCAUCCUUUAUUGCCUUGGGGAUUCCCUUUUGAUCUAGGGAGUAAGUGGUUUGUAUUUUGUUGCUUAUCCUAUUUCAUUCUUGUAGUUGAGUAUGCAACUGAAUGCUUCCGUACUAUGAUAAAAGGAGACACAAUUAGAGGAGGCAUUUUGGAAAAAAGGGGUAGCUUUAUGAUUUGGGGCAUUUACUUGUAGUCCCACAACAUGGUGGUUGUAUGCAACAUGUUCAUCUAUGUAUUUAGAGCUUUUUUUCGAGUUCAUCUAUGUAUUUAGAGCUUUUUUUCGAGUU